GACUUCAUCACCUGCUAGCGUCUUUCUUUUAAGGACUAAGCAGGAAAUCUUUGCACCAUCUGUAAAUGUGCCAAAAAAUACGAAUGUAGCUAGCUUAUGUACAGCAAUGUAAAGAAAAAUAACCACACAAUGUAAUAUUGCUUUGCUGUGUGCAUUUGUUGUGCCCAUUGUAUGAAUGUGUGUGUGUGUUUUUGAGCAAUUGGAAUAUCAGGAGGACUACUGAAUACUUUUUACUAAGUUUACUGCAAGGUGUUGCAACAAUAGCAGCUCUUGCAUUCCUCAUAGUAAGUGCAGAAACUAGUGAAGAAACAACCUGAUGUCUUCAGUCACAACACUACAGCAGUGUGUGUGUGUGUGUGUGUGUGUGUGUGUGUGUGAGAGAGAGAGUAGGGAUGUGUGAAGCUAUAUGUGUGUCUGUAAUUUGCACAUGUUUGAACUAAUAAACUUUUCAACAUAAGCUAAAUAAAUUACUCCUUGUACAGCAUCUUUUAGAGAGGAACAGAAAGGAAGGAAGUGGUACGCUGCACCAGCGUCAAUGCUCCUCCUCUCUUGUUGCUAAGAGAAGCACCCAACCUACCUCAGAGGGAGUGGCUACGAAUGAUUUUUAAUUCAAAUGAAUAAGAAACACCUAUGUCAACUACAAUAGCUACCACAGUGAACCAGGGAGAGUAAGGUCAGUUUUAAAACUUAUUUAUUUUGCUUUUGUUGUGAUAUAAUUUAUUUUUCUUCUCAGGACAAUGUGGGGCAGUGAAGAUGUGGAAUUCAUGGACACCUCAGACACCCCAUGGUGCUGGUAUUACCUGGCAGACUGUGGAAGGUGGCAUAAAUUUGAGGAUGACCCCAAUAACCCCUUUAAGAGUGAUGAUAUUGAAAGAUUUUUCCUAAGGAACUCAAAAGCAGUUUUAAAAACAUCAUCAUCUGACUGUCACAGCCAGAUCGAUUUCUCAGCUAUGAUACAGACAGAUCUUACCACAGGAAGGCAAAGAAGAAUCCAACGGAACUACAACAUUGAGAGAAGUUGCUCUUGCUUCAGUGAGGCUCCAAUCUUCUGGGAAAAGGUUGAUCCUACCUCUCCAUAUCAGUUAAUCCCUGUGAGUGAACUCACACCUGAGUACAACACUGUGGCAGGUUAUGUGAAGAAAGAAGGGCUGUUGGACAGAUCCAUUGUAUCAAUCAGAAGGAUACAGAAUUUGGAUCUUUGGGAAAUGUAUUGCAGGAAAAAGAAACAGUUAAUGAGGAUUCAAGGUGUCGAAGAAAUUCAGGAGAGACGACUCUUUCAUGGGACUGACAGCAAGAAUGUCGACAGCAUUUGCAAGUAUAACUUUGAUGUACGGUUAGCUGGACAACAUGGACACUCAUAUGGCAAAGGAGUAUAUUUUGCAAAACAUGCAUCCUAUGCAGACAAAUACAGCACAAGCAGCACAGACCCAUUUUCACUGUAUGGCGGGUUAACAGGAAGUGUGUUCAGAGACACCAAAAUAAUCUUUUUGGCUCGGGUGAUGGUCGGAAAAUCAACUCUUGGAAAAUCCCAUUACAAAAAACCUGAUGACGGAAGUUCUGAAAACUCUCACAACAGCUGCGUGGAUAAUAUCAAGCAUCCAAACAUGUUUGUUAUCUUUGAUCCAAAUCAAAUAUAUCCAGAGUAUUUGAUUCAGUACAGAUGAAGUCAAAACAGGAUCUGGAGGAUGUGCAAUAUCAACAUGUCUACCUGGGUGAAGAUUUUUCCAGCAUUUCCAGUUUUUUUUCAUAAAAAGUCUUUUUUUG